AAGUCCAGCAGGAAGACAGCUCCGCCAUGGACAAAUACAAAUACUGCAGGCAUCCUGCUGACAGACCCAUGAGAGGCUGAUAAAGGUGGCUGUGAGGGAGCAGGUGAGGAUGAGACUGUGGAGAGACGAGGCGGCUGUGAUAGCUCCGCAGCACUUGCUGUCCGUGGUGCUGAAGAGCUGCAGGAGCUGUCUGUGGUGAUGAGCAUUCACAGCUGUACAUCACUGGGGGUCGUUUGAGGCGCGCGAGCUGAGGAGGAUUGCAGCGAUUUUUUUUCCCAUCCAAAGCAGCAACAUAAACCCAGACGCAAUGCAGGCGAAUGAGAAGGCGGUGGAUGGUGGCUUGCUGCCUGACGCCAAUGGAAAAGAUCCAAACCCAGGUGGACAGACAGAGGGCUCCAAGUGGCAGAGACCACGGCUCUCACGUAAAUCUCUGAUGAAGUGCUGUCUCGUCAAGUGGAUUAUCGCCAGCACCACGCAACAGGGGCCAGACAGCAGUGACAGUGACCUUGAACUCUCCAUGGUGCGUCACCAACCUGAAGGUCUUGAGCAGCUCCAAGCCCAAACCCAGUUUACCAGGAAGGAACUGCAGUCGCUUUAUAGAGGCUUCAAAAAUGAAUGUCCCAGCGGACUUGUAGAUGAAGAAACAUUCAAGACCAUUUACUCACAGUUUUUCCCUCAAGGAGAUGCAACCAUGUAUGCACAUUUCUUGUUCAACGCAUUUGACAUGGACAGAAAUGGCUCCAUCCGCUUUGAGGACUUUGUGUUAGGAUUGUCUGUGUUGCUUAGAGGCUCUGUUACAGAGAAACUCAGAUGGGCGUUUAAUCUAUACGAUAUCAACAAGGAUGGAUACAUUACGAAAGAGGAAAUGCUGGCAAUAAUGACGUCCAUUUAUGACAUGAUGGGCAGGUAUACCUUACCCAGUGUACGAGACGAAUCCCCCUUUGAGCACGUGGAAAAAUUCUUCCAGAAAAUGGAUCGUAACAGAGACGGAGUGGUGACUAUAGAUGAAUUCAUAGAAACCUGUCAAAAGGAUGAAAAUAUAAUGGCUUCCAUGCAGCUCUUUGAGAAUGUCAUUUAGUUUCUUUAGACGGCCGUGGAUCAGUAAUACUGCAUAGUGCUUCCAGCUGCAAGCUUCUGGCCCAAAAAUAACUUCACUCAUCUUGAAAAGGAAAAACUGAGUCGUGCAACGUGUUGGACACAUUUCGAUACAUAUGGCCGAACACUGCUGUUUUUCCAGUCAAACUGUUUGCAGAGAAAUGUUCAGAAUUCACCAAAUCACCUGAAGAAAGAUUUCUUUGCAUGACAGUUUUAAUUUUCUUUUUGCACAUGAAACAAAUGUGAAUUUAAAAAGAAAAUACUUCAUCAUUGCCAGAUGAGCAUGAGUGUUUGCCCCCAAAAAAUCAAAGCAUGUG